UUUGGUUUGAUAAAUUAAACAAUAUAUUUUGGAAGGAAAAUAGUAUGUAACUGUUCUCAAUUUAUUCGAUCUUUCACAUUGUUAUUCACAUUUUAAAAGUUGUAUUUAGCAUAAACACGCACUAAAUACUAUGCUUGGCAACUGCUUUGUUUAUUGUUUGAUCAAUUUUUAAAGAGGAGUUCGUAAACGAAAACAAUCCAAGUAAUUUCAAAUUCAAGUUUUCACGGUCCGCUGCAUUUUUCUCAAUAUCUAAACAAAACUUUGAAUAAACGUUUUCUUUUCUACUGUUACUUUCGUACAAUCAAAAAUAACGAGAAAAGUGUUUCUUUCACCGCGGUCAGCAUAGAAACCGGCAAAAUUUUUAUUAACUGACGUAAUCAGGCCGUGACUACGCUUGAUUAUCAUGCAAGUUGCUUUCAACAUUAUUAAAUUCUGCAUUGAAUAAGGUUGAGAAUCGAAGGUGGUGGCUCUAGGGUACUUUCAUAAGUGCAGUGUAAUUUCCUAUGUGAUGGAAGUGGGUGGUAAUUAAGUAUUGAGUAUCCAUCCAGUUAACAUUUGGGCGGCGGGUUCGUCGGUGCUAUGAAAUGAACGACCCGUGGGACGUGAAGUCAGUGCGACAAUCGGGACAGUACAUGUCCUGUAUGAAGAUUAACGGAGUGCCCUUGCUCCCACCAGUUAAAGAUGAAGCAAAUAAAUAACAAUGUUGAAUAGUCUGAAAUUCAUUGAAGAAUGUAUAAAAAAUAUUGUUUUUAUAUUUUUGAUUUGUAUGCAUCAAAUUAUUGUGAAGUUACCAACAAAGUUAUCAAAGGAAUGCCGAAAAGAGAUGCAGUAUUAUAAACUUCUAGCGAGGGAAGUGGAGAAACGUAUUGCUCUGCUACAACCUUUUACCCUGGACAGUGACUCGGAAAACAGCGAGGAUAUGACUGAUGCUCCUGAUCUUCCAGAGUCUGAAUUAGUCUCCCAAGGACCUGUCUGUGAGAAAUCGCAAGAAAAAUCAAUUAAAUCUCCUAGAGAUGUAUUAGCAACAGUUCAAACAACUAUGGUAGAAUACAACAAUUCAAAAAUUGCUCAUGGGGAAUGUCCAAAUCCCAACUUGAUAAUGGAUUUGACAUUUGAUCUCAUUGGUGCCAAUAAAAGCUGUUUGGAGACCAAAGACGGACAUCCCUCUGAAACGGAAGUGCCAGAGCGUGAUUACGAAUCCCCUAAAAAAAUUAAAGAAAAAGAAAUGAUAACUGAUGUAGAGUCGGCACAGAGCAAUGUUAAAAAUCAACCAACCCUAGAGGCAGUGAACAGCUUUGUUGAUAGUAUACUCUGUGAUCCAUUCCAGCAUCACGAAGGACCAUCCUCACUCAGUUCCAAAAGCUUCACUGGCUCCCUAAAUGACUUACACACAGAAAGCUUGAAGGAGUCUCAAAAAAGUUCAAAGCUUAUAAGACAGAGUUCAUACACAUUGCUUCAACCAAGUCCACAACUUCUUGCCCAUCUUGAGGUGCAAUCCUUGAAUACGGGAGUUGAGAUGACAAGUAUAUCAAUGAGUGAGUCUCUUUCUAAUCUCAGCUCACCAAACAAGAAACGAAGGAGUUGGGAUCUGGAGUCAGCCAAGGUCAAAUGGUCAUCUAUGGCCAUGGAACUGAACAAAAAGAAUGUGCCCAAACCAAAUGGCAUUAACAAGAAUUUAGGUCCAAAAAGUGCAGCUUCACCUGCAUCUGCCAAAAAGGCUCCAUCUCCCCCUAAUGCAUCUAGGUCUAAAUCUGUUGCCCAGGAGAAGCCACGCCGCACUUGUACUCCUUCAAAAACGAUGACUAAAUCCGAAUCAGCUCAAAAAGUUGGAAAAAGACCAUCCAGCCCAAUCAGGAAUACCACAUCUGUCAUAUUAAACCGCACAAACAUCAAAGAACAGAGUUCACCUAAAAAUACCUUACAAAAGAAAGAUGCCUCAUCAAAACCUUCGGAAUCCGAGGACCCAGCUACCCGAGUGCGGGAGCUGUAUGAGAAGAUACAGAAGCAACAACAAGCGCAGAUGUUAAGUCUAGUUGAAAAGCAGAAACGGGAACAACUGCUCUUACAGCAAGUUUUUGAGGAACAAAACAACUUGCUCUUCAAACAACUGAAGACUAUUUGCCCCAAAUCUCCUAUAGAAGCUAAGGAGGCGUGGGUAGACAAGGUCUCAGACAAGGGCCCAGUCAGUUUAAGCCAGCUGAUCAAUCAGAAUUCUCCAGAUGUGUCUUUGAAUAGUCCAGUAUCAUCAACUUUGACCGAAACACGCAAUUACAUCAACCAUUGUGAUGAUGUUCUCAAGAAAAGUAGGGAUAUAACUGGUAGUUUAAAGAAGCAAGUCUCUAGAAGUCAUGGUGCGAAGACCCAAUCUCCUCGUAAUGGAGAUGGGUCACAGACAAGGACUCAUUCUCCUUCGUUCAGAAAUGCAUCACGUAAAUUAAACUAUGAUACCAGUGCCACGGAUCGAGAGUGCGAACCGCUUCUGACAGAUCGAACAAGCGAUACCUUAGCUGAUUUGAAUGUCACUUUUCCUUCGGAUUACAGUGAUGAGGCUAUUCCUCACCAUGGCAGCAUGCAUUCUUCUAGUAGAGAGCCGAUGGCUCGUGCGAGCCCGGUACCUAAUUCUCAUGGUUUGAGCAAUCAGCAUAUUGAUGCUGCUAUCCGAAGUAUGGAGGAGUCGCUUUACAAAUCGUUGAACACCAGUCGGCAGAUGAGAGCGCAAAUGUCCAGUAAUCCGCCUACAGCCAAAGAGCGGGAGGCGGCGUCAAAAAUCGUGGCGUACGCCAAAGGCUACCUCGUCCGUCGUCUGAUGCGCACAGAGCGCGUUCAGGCCACAGUGCAGACUAUCAGAGAUGCGCUGUUGUGCGCGCUACAACUGCAUCAAGAUCGGGCCGGCAUCCGUGGAGCGGACGUUGACCUGCAUAGGCGGCUUAUACAGCAGAUAACAGCCGCAUGUUACUCCCUACACGACACCUUCAUCACGAGCUCUCCAGAGGACCGCUGUGCCAUGAUCGCGGCGGACAGGGGACGGAAGAAGUCUCUGGCGUCUCGUCAGACUCCAGUACAGAGACCUAGGUCGCAUCGCAAUUCGGACAUAAUGGCGCAAAGCCACACCGGUUCGUUCCCGGCGCGCGUCAAGCGUCCGCCGUCCUCGCCAAUGACCCAGUCUAAUUACGAGACGUUUAGCACCGAAAGCAUAAACACCACAUACAUGCCGAGCCCGCGGCGUCGUCCGUGGCGCUGACGAUCCCCGCAAACCUGCUUCCCGCGCUUUUUCCAAUGUUGGCGCCAAUCGCCGCUAUGAUAACGCUCCGCAAAUAAUUUAUACCUAUUUCUUAAAUUAGUGUUCGCUUUAUUUAAUUAGUGUUAUUUGAUUUAGUUAAAAAAAAUAUGAAAAAUGCCGACGUAAAUUUUAAAUUUUGUUUUCUUUUACAAUUUUCCAGCCAAGACAAACCAGUGUUUUACCUGGUAAAAAAUAUUUUAUUAUAAAAAAGAUGUAGGUAAUAUUUAUGUUAAAAAAAUGCAGCUUUCGUAAAUGGAAUUGUUUUGAUAGGAUUUUUACUAAAUAAUAUUUGCAAAUUUAUUUUUUUAUAAUAAUCCCUUUGCUUCUGAAGCAUAUGUGCCUUUUUGAUAAUAAUCUUGUGACCCUAGGUCAGAAAAGCAUUGUCACAAAAUUUAAAGACUAAAAAAAAUUAAAAGGCAUUUUACUGCCGUCACUUGGCCUAAUCAUGGAAGAAUAAUCUUGACUUGUUUUUUAGUUAAGAAAAUUGGUGGACGCAAGACUACCAUUAAAAAAAAAUUGUACAGAUAAACAAAUAUUUGCUUAAAAAAUUGCCGCGAAAAUUGCAUUGAUUUACAAUUGUUUUACAAAAGCAAAUAAGUACAUAAUAAAAAUAGAAUAACUUAGUGUAUGUAAACUAAAUAUUAACUUUGCAUUAUUCUAACUAUUGCCAAUAUUUUGUUAAAUUAUUAAAAUAUUUCUUUAAUAUAACGGAAUUGCGUUUCAGCGGUCAUAUGAAACAAAUAUUUUUACGAAAUACGACAUGCGAGGAUUUUUCGCAAACGUUGACAACACUUAUCUUCUGUAUCUUUUUAAUUCUAAAUAAAGUUAAACAAAAAAUAAGAGAAUAUGCCUUGUGAAAGUUUGUAAAUGAACCUUGACUAAAACAUCAACAAGAUAGAUAUUUCGGUGUUAUAAUCUGUGUAACUAUAUAAAAAUAAGUUGAAAAAUUAACCUACUUAAAAACCUAACCUUAUGUUAAUGGUUGUAUUUGAUUCCAUGAUUGAAAAGACAUUAGUUUUAGCUGUAUGCUGUAUUGCACUGAAAUUCUCAUUCCAAAAUAUCGUUCAAUAAAUCUCUUUAUAGCAAUUUUCUGAGUGCAUUCUCAGCUGUAAGUUUCAUGAAAUAACAUGUUUAUUUGUUGCACGCGUCCUUCCUCUUCUAUGAUGAAUGAAAAGGUCGAGAAAGCAAGUGUAAAUAAAGUCUCUGUCUACCCCUAUACAGCCCCGAAUAAGUGUGUUUGUAUGAUUGAGUAUAUAAAAUAUUUUCGCUUUAAAACUAGUCACGCGUUUUAUGAUCUCCAUUUUACUAAGUUCUUAUAGGUUUUUGAGUGUUUCCGUGACCUAAUGCAAUAUCAUGUUUUUGGUCUUGUGGCGUUUAGGAAAUUUUACUUUCUGAUUUGGUAUAACGUACGGUAAAACGUAAAUAUAUUAUGAAGAUAUUCAACACCCGAAUGGUAUAUGCUUAAAUUUAUAAAAUAUUUUUAUGUAGACGUAACUUUCUUGCCUUUCAUAAGGUGUCACAUUUAUAUGUUUCGUGGAUAAUGAUAAAAAUUGUAAUGCCAAAUAUUAAUCCCAAUUUACGCUUACUUUUUUGUAUAUUUACACUUGUCAUCCUGUUUUUAAAUUAUAUUCUUCUCCAAAUUUAACCCAACAAUUAGUGAGAUUAAUCUUAAAUUGUACACGAAAUAUGAAAUAAACAGGUAAUAAUUGAAA